AUGUUGACACCAUCUGUCCCAGAAGGUCCUAAAAAUCACAUUUCCAACAGACAUUCUUUGGAGGUUUCUGGCACUAUUAUCCUGCCCACAGUAUUGUCACCAACCAUUCAAAAGUAUUGUACCGAGAAGAUGAAACUGCCUUCCAUCUGCUUGUUGGCUCUUGGAGUUCAGAUGCUCCUUGCCCCUUUGGCUACGGCAAACAAGCUGUGUUUCGUCAUUUAUCAGAUGGCAGACAAUGAUCUCGAGUACUUCAUUCGCCAAGAUCUUGCAGAAUACAUGCAAUCUAGUCUGAUGAAGAAUCCAGACACCAUCAGUUGGGUUUAUUUUGACAAUGGUGAUCCAGAAGCCGAGGGCACACCCGAUCCAUUGCCAGAUAUCUUUGAUACCGCAGGGAAUCCUCUAGAAAAUAGAACACAGGAUGUAUACUACUUGAGCUACAACCAUGAGUUCAGUGAAAUGCAAAUUGUGGAGAAUCUCGGAGAACUCAACUCGGACACCAUGUCGGUAGUCCAAGACUUCGCCACCACGGCCUUUCGUGACUGCAGUGAAAAGGGAGCCACCGAGUACAUGAUGGCCUUUAGCUCUCAUGGCGCUGGUUUUGGUGGAUUCGGUGGAGAUGAUGUUGCCAGAAGACGCCGGCUUGGACAGCUGCUUGACAAUGGUAGCAUUUCCGGUGCACUUCGAAGUGCGAUUGAUAGCGAAAUUGGAGUUGGAGCCAAGUUGAAUGUGCUUGGGUUCGAUGCCUGUCUCAUGUCCGAUUAUGGGGCAUUGGAUGAUUACAGCUCGAUUACAGAGAACUUUCUUGCCAGUGAAGACGUUGAACCAGGUCACGGCUGGUCAUACGCUGGACUUGAACUAGAUAGUGCCGUCAACAUUGCCACUAGAAUCGUCGAUCUGUUUGCAUCUGAUCCACAAUCGGAAGAUGGUCAUCAAACACCCAAGACCCUUGCUGUUGUUGACACUACUGCUCAUAUGGAGUUUGCCACCAAAUGGGAAGAGUUCAGCCGGUUCUUGAACAUAGCCUUCCAAGAGGAUGAAAAUGUUCAAACGGCUGUCAAGCGAGCUCGCUCAAAGGUCUUGACUUUUGCUGGUGAUACCGAUGAUGAAGGAGACAAGGACGAAGACAUGGUAGACAUGAUGGACUUUAUGAACCUCUUUGACGGCCAAUGUAUGCCGAGUGGUGACCUUGCCAUUGCCCUCAUGGAAGCAAAGAACAGUUACGAUGCUCAAUUUGUUACAUUCAAAGCUGGACCUAGUACUGACAGCCGCUACACUGGAAUGGGAGUGCAUUUCCCCAGCAGGAAGGAGUUCAGGGCAAACGGUUUGAAUUUCCAGGUUUUGGAGUCGAGUCGCUUUGCCACCAAGACGUCACCAGAGUGGCUCGACUUCUUGCAAACAUAUUAUACCUCUGGAACAGUGUUUGGGUCUGCGGGAUACUGCAGCUCUGAAUUAGCAACUGCAAACCCACCACAAGAGGAACAAGGACUCUUGAUGGUCAAUCCUUUGGUCUCUGGUAUCACCAAUGGCGCGCACGAUAUUGAGACUGGAGUCGUCAAGCGGGUGGAUUCUGUUUUCAUUGAGUUUGGAGUCGAAUUGACCGCAAUACUGGGUGACGGAACACGCCGUCGCCGUUUGAAGGAGACUAGGAGUAGCCGUGGUAGCCACUCAGUUCCGAUGGGCAAGAAUGCAGAUUCGAGAUUCUUGAAACAUGAAUUCAACAAGCAGUCGCGUAGGCUGCAAGGUGGUAGUGAUGACUAUUUGUACAUGUAUGGAGGUGAGCUUGUUGGUUCGUUUAGUGGGUCUGUUUACUCGGCUUCGUGGGAUCGCCAAUUUGGGGUUGCUGGCAAUUCUGCGAAUGACCAGCAUCCGAUCUACGUCUUCAGUGAUGGUGCCGCUGGUAAAGAAACUCCUGUUUUCUAUUUCCCCGCGGACAAGCCCAUAUCUAUUGAAGACAUCUUCAAUAUGGUCGAGUUCGAGGACGCGACUGCCGCAGGUGGAAUGGCUGGCUAUAUAAAGUUUUCUACCGAUGCCGGAGUUGUCCCAACUCUUUACACUACCCAAGGGGGUGAUGGAGAUUCCUAUUCUGAGACACCAGCUACUGCAGGUGGGCAGAUCGUGCCGAUUGUGUAUGUGGAUGGUAUGAUUGAUGGUUUCGAUUACUUUUAUUUCAUUGGAGGAUACGACCCUGUAGCGUUUGAUUGGUCGACAAAUUCUCCACUCAUCAUUGGCACACUGCCUGCUGACGACUUUCUACUAUCAGAGAGUGGCGUCCUCACUCUGGAUCUCACUGCUGAAGACGAAGAUAACGGUGACAGUAGUUAUGCGCUCUUUGAGAUUGUGGACGGCGUUGCUACCAAAGUAAAUGAGGGCGCCGACGCCGCGAUGGAUACCGAUGCUCCUUCGGAUGGAGGCACGGAUUCUCCUGUGGAGACCGGCCCCCCUACAGCGGUAGCUCCAACUCAGGCUCCAGGAGGUGGGAACACAACAGAUCCUCCUGCAGGGGGGGGAGGCCAAACUGACGCCCCGGCUGGAGACCCAACAAAUCCCCCAACUGCAGCUCCAAUGGUAACCGAUGCUCCGAGGGGGGGCACAGCAGAUUCUUCUGCCACUGCUGCAUCUACGCUUUUCUCAAUGGCUCUGACUCUCAGUGUAGCCCAUUUGACCUUUGCUUGA